UAAUCAAAAUUAACAAAUUUAAUCAGUUAAACAAAAUUGAUAAUUAUUGAAAAUUACAAAGAGAAAAAGAAAGUCUCUUACUACUAGCACCACUUGUGCAAUUAUCCAGCAACAAAUCUGGAUAUCAUCAAUCGCAGUCUCUUCUUCUUUACUCUUUGCUAGACAAUGUGUCGUCUAAAAAGCGAUGAGUAACAAUUGUUACGCCAUUGGUUGAUUUGCUUUGUCUUCAUAGAAACAAUUUUUUAGCGCUUAAUUUUUCAACUUAAAUCUCUUCUUAACCUUCAAAUGGAUUCAAAGUAAGGAGCUGAUUUUCUUUGUUUCAAGUUUUAUUUCCAAAUCUUAAUCCGUUGGUAUCUCAAUUAACAGUAUAUUUGUACGCCUUGUGAAAAUUAUUAACUAUAAUCCUUAUCGAAUUGGAAUUGUUGCCUAGAAGUUUCAAUUUAAUGUAAAUUUCAUGUUAUUGGUGGAACGAAACGAAAAUGAACUCUCCUAAUGAAUUUAAAACAAGGGUUUAUCCUCAACGUGUUGCAGCCUCUAACAGCUGAAUUGGAAAUGGAGAGAGACCAGAAUGCAUUUACAUUAACCAAUCGACCUUCAACAGACGCUUGCCACGAGUCAAACGAUGAAUCGCUAUGGGUUAUGCAUCAACAUCUGGCUUUGUCCAGCUUGUCCUUAACAAUAUCAUCGACACAAGACCAAUAUUAUUACCUUUUAGCUGCCUUUUACUUAAUUCAAACUCAACCAAAUGUCAAAACUGUGAUCAACUCUACCAAUGAUAACCAGUAACCAUGAUGAGGGCUGAGAGUAAAACUGAAAUUCAUGAACUUAAUAUAAUUAAUUAACAACAUUUAAUGAUGAUGGUGAAUGUCACAACGUUUAUUGACAUUUCUCAAGCUUUUGCCGAUGAAUCUUCAUCAUACUUAGAUUAUCAGUCAUUGGAACUUGAAGAAUUAAAAAUAAGAAGAGAAAGCCAGAACGAAGUGCUAAACUUGUUAUCCACCAACAUUCAAUGUAAAAUCUCUAAUUCUCAGAUUAAAUUUGAGAGGUUGAUGUUGACGAUGAGAGCAACUAUUUGUCUUUGAAUAUGGUUUACCCUUAAAAGUCAUAUACUGUGUAUAUGGAUCAGUUAUUUAGAUAAUUUGACGAUUUUUACUGUGUGAAUAAUUCAUUAUCCUGAGAAAGUUAAAGGUUACCUGAGAAAGACAAGGUAAUCACGGUAAUGCUUACUUUUAACUUGACGCUGUUACUCUCUGUUGAUUAAGCUUGCAAGAGACAAGAAAGUCACCAAAACGGAACAAUGGGAAAAUAAAGAGGUUUGAUUUUGUUUUUCCUGCUUCUGAUUGUUGACAUAUUAACAAGAAGAGAAAGGCGAAGGUCGCAAGUUUAUGGAGUCUUAGAAUGUUAAGAAAAAUUUAACAUUUCCUUUGAACGGAAAUGGUGUCCACCUAUUUUCUCUUCCAUAAACUUCCGUUGCUCUUUAAACUGAUCACACCCGAGUUUCCUAUUAAGAUAUAUGCUCUUAAGAAACGAAAAUAACUCAAGUUCGCCUUUAUUAUAGUAAAGGUAGAACCGCAGAUUCCAUUAUUACAUAUUUACAAUAGAAAUACUUUUUUUCUUACAACCGUAAGACGCAAACGAAUCCCAUUAACUUGUUUCGGAUAUUGAUGAGUUAUUGAUAAUAACGCUUCUUAAGAAAUGUAUUGUUCGUUUUUAAUAAUAUUGCAAUUACAAUCAAUAAUUUAAUUGUAUUGUUAUCAUCUUUAAAUAAACGGAAGAUUGUAAUUAAUUAGUUUCUCAGAACACAAAGCGCUAAUUUGGAAUCAACUUUAUUAAUCAGUUAAUAUGGAAAACUAAAUUGAACAGAUCACGAGACCCAUUAGGAAAGCAAACAGAUAAACUUAAUGAAAAAAAUAUGAACAUCUUUCAACAAGAAUUCAGUUAAAAUGAAACUUUAAUCUAUCCGAUCAUAUGGCUUUAAGUAAAACGAUUCUUGACAUUUUAACGACCAAAUUUUAAUCCUCUAGACUAAAAUUCCGUAUGCAUCAAUGGUUAAUCCAAUUGAUAAACUUGGACCAUUCGGAAACCUUUAUCACUCAGCAAAGACCGAGAUAAGCAGAGAUCGGCUUUGAGUUUCCUCUACAGCUUCAAGUUUUAUCUCUCUGGACGGACAAAGCACAAAAUGUCUGAAAAUACAUAGAUAAGUGAUUAAAAUGGCUCUUGGUUGUUAAGCAGAUUUUAGAGCGCCACCAUUAAGAUCUAGUGUACAGACAUCGAUUUGAUUUUCUGUAAGAAUCAGUCUUUACUAAAGUCAAUACCAAUCAUAAAUCAACAACGAUAUCGCAACGUAUUCCUCCCAUCAUUCAGACAACAAGAACAAUUUGGCUCUUGGACCAUUUCAAGUCGAAUUUUUAAAUGGUUUUUACUUUGAAAUGGCUGUAUUAAUGAAACAACGAAAGUCUCUCUGCACGUCAUGACCAGUUCAAAUCGUUAAUGGACAUUUCAUCGAUUAAUUUCUGGCUUUUCGACUUGCGUCCGAUUUCCACACCAACUCAUACUUUAUCUUUCGAUUGCAAACAAUUCUGCAAACAUUUGCAAAAUAUCUGCUUUAUCUACAAUUGAAUGAUAAGUAUCUCACAACAAAUUAUCAACUAAACUUUUUCUUCAAGAUUUUCGAGUUGCUCAUAUCCAAAUCAAUUUAUGAUACAUUAUAAAACCAAGUAGAGCUAUUGGAAGAGUUUAUCUAAUUGCCUAACUUUCCGUCACCGUAAAUGAUUAACCUAGAAUUAUCAAUGGGUAAAUACACUUGUUCAUUAAUGAAAUUAAAAACAAUUGUAUUUACCUUUGAUUGCAAUGUGUUAAAAGAAAUCUUCCAUGAGAAUUGCUUAAUUAUAAAUCACUCAAUUUGUAGAUAAAUGUCAGACUCAAGUGAUUACAAAGUUAAGUUGAUUAACGCGCUUCUGAAGUUUAUUGUUACACAUAUCCAGAAACCUUGAGGACAUGAAGAGCACUCCAUCCAAGGAAGCCCGAGUUAAAAGACCCUGAUUAGGAAAGGUUCACCGAGUAAUGGGAAUAAAGGAAUAACAUAAUUGGAAUUUCGAAACAUCCCAUGAAAACAAAUCAUACACAAUGCACAUGAUGCUUUGUCCCUGAAAAAGAGAAAAGUUGGCUUGCAUUCACAUUCAAUAGAUGGCAGAUGUAAUGCAAAAUUGGUGUAACAAGGCUGGUAUCUUUUGAAGCCACUCAAUAGGCGGAUACUCAAUACACUCAAUACACUCAGCCAACUCAGUAACCAAGAAUAUUGUGUUUGGUUUCUCAUUUUGCUUUUUAGCGUUCAUGUAUUUGUGUCAAUCCUGGUGUUUGUUAUACCAUCAACUUUUUUUCAAAUGUCUUACUUUUCCCCUCUUCUCCCUCACCUUCCUUUACCAUUCCACCCUCAUCAGGCCCAUUCAUGGGCACCACCACCGCCGUCGUCUUUAGCAACACCAUCGACACCGCCAUCGGGCCAACAACAGCAACAAUUACAACAACAAUUACAGCAACAGCAAAUGUAUCAACACUCUCAACUUCAACAACAACAACUCAACGAUUUAACUCGACGAGUAGCUUUUCCGCUCUCCUUUCCUAACCAUAUAGAUGGACCACCGAGUACUCCGUUGUUUCCCUUAAGCCAUCACUAUCCUACAUUUGUUAAUCAUUUUCACCACCUUUACUCUGAACCAUGUUGUGGUAUUUCACCUUUCCAUCAUUUUGGUAUGCCAUCUUCAACCUCUGCAACAUCUCCUUGCCAUCAGAGUGAUUUGUUUGAUUAUUGUAAAGAAAGGAGUCCUCAUUUUAAUUUAAAUGUUAACUUGAAAUCAUCUAAUGGAGUUGGCAAUAGUGUUAUCAGUAAAAAUGUUUUAACAAAUAAUAACUGUGAUAUUAAAGUGGGUAGUACAACAUCAUCUCCGAUAUUAUCUAAAUCGUCGUCACCAAUUAAAUCAAAUCAUAGUUUAAGCAGAGAUAAUGCCUCUGAAACUCCGAUUAAAAAGAAAGUCAAAGUUGAAGAUUGUUCAAUAUCCAACAAUCAUUGUACAAGAGAUUAUAAAGGUGUUUUAAACAACAAUUGUUCCAAUUUAAAUAGUAAAAUUAUAUGUAAAACUGACGAGGAUAAAUGUAAAAAAUCGGAUGCAUCAGUUGUUAUCUCUCAAAGUGUUGAAACGAAGUUCACUCCAAGUUCCGGCGAUGUAAUUUGUGCCCAAAAGCAACAGCUAAAGCAACAACAAAAGCAGCAUCUUUACCAAUUACAACAACAACAACAACAUCAACAAUCACAGCAGCAGCAGCUACAGAAACAUCAGCAAAAUCAGCAAAAUCAUCAACAACACCAACCUCAACCACAACAAAUUCAGCAGCAACAACAACAGCAACACCAGCAACGACAAUCAGUUAUCAUCAGAAAAGAUGUUAAAUCGGAAGAAAAACAAUCUGGAAAUAAUGAUAAAAAACAAACGAUGCACAUUGAGCUAAUCUCUUCUCCUCAAGCUGAAGUUAAUGGAUCUUCAGCCAAAUCUUUGACGACACUGGUUAAAUCAACAUCGUCCUCUAAAAGCGAACCAUUUUAUCCAUGCUCUAAAUCUUCUGCGACACCAACAUCAACCGCAUCGACAACAUGUCAUCAGAGUGAAAUGUUUGCUUAUUGGAAGGAGCGAAGGAAAAAGAAUGCAAAUCCAAAUUCAAAUCUGUACAUUAACCUGAAAACACCCAAUGGAGUAAACGGCAAUAGUGUUAUAACUAAAAAUGUAAUUUUAAGUGAUAAAUGUGAUUCCAAGGUGGGCAGUUCGACACCUGCGACAUUUUUAACUUCGUCCACAACUUCAGUUCCAAUCACAAAGUCAACAACAAUAACAACACCAGUUACAACUUCAAAUAUAAAACAGAGUGCAAGCAAUCUAAUUGAGACUCCUGUUAGGAAGAAAGUGAAAACUGAAGAGAGUUCAUUAAUUGCCAAUCAAUUCAAUGUAUCAUGUAGUAUAAGCAGUAGUGAUAGUAGCAGUUCAAAUAACAAUAAAUUAAUUUGCAGCAUUGCUGAUGAGAAGAGUAAAAAAUUGGAUUCUUCAGUUGUUAUCUCAUCGAAAAGUGUUGACUCAAAAUUACCUGCAGGUUGCGGUGAAGUACUCAAUUGUACUAAAAAGCAACAACAAAAACACCAUCAACAGCAAUCAGUUAUCAUCAGGAAAGAUGGUAAAGCAGAAGAGAAACAGUCUGGAAAUGUAGAUAAAAAGCAAACUAUGCAUAUUGAAUUAGUUUCAUCGGCUCAAGGUGAAACUGUUAAUGGAAGCUCAGCUAAGUCACUAUUAACUUUGGGUAAAACAUCGUCAAUCAAGAAAACCAAAGAUUUGGAAUCAACCAGCUUAACAGGUCAAAACACUGUUGAACCUGCAACAACAGUUACACCAGUUACAGUUGAGACAAGUUCACCAAGUGAAACAUUACCGUUAGCUAAACAAUCAACAUCAAACAAAUCAAUAGCACCUUUAAAAUCAACCUCAACUACUCCCACAACACCAAGUAGUCAACGUGUUCGUCGUCGGCGUUUUCGUUCUGGUCUAGAUAUGAUAAGAAAUGCAAAGAGUCGUAAAAAGGCUAAACAAUCAAACCAAUCAGCAAAUGUUUCCAACAACUCGGCAGUAAAAUCACCCAAUCCUAAUGGAGCAAUGUUUAGGUUAAACGGAAAGAUGAAAGACAAUGAGUUUAUUAAGCGAAAUAACAAAGUAACCUUUGAUGAUGGUUCACCACUUGCCAGCACCACCAGUACAAGUGGUUCAAUGAGAAACAGUUGUGGAGGUAGCUUAUCAUCUUCCUCUUUAUCAUCCACCUCUGUUCCAAUUGAGAUUAAACGGAUAAUUGUUAAUAAAGCUUUAGGUGAGACAAUACUUCACCGAGCAGCUCGGCAAGGUUACACGCACAUUGUCCGCUAUUGCCUGGCAACAAACACUUGUGAUAUAAAUGCUCGUGAUAAUGCUGGUUAUACACCUUUACAUGAAUGUUGUUCCCGAGGUCACUUGGAAAUUGCUAGAGCACUACUUGAACACGGAGCAGACAUUGAUUCCUCUGCAACCGGUGGAGUAAGGCCAUUCCAUGAUGCAGUUGAAAGUGAUCACAUUGAAAUUGUGCGACUCCUUUUAUCCUAUGGAUCUGAUCCUACCAUUGCCACCUACACGGGUUCAACUCCAUUGAAGCUUGCCCGUUCCUCUCGUAUGAUUCAAUUUCUUCGAGGAUUCAUUUACGAUUUAACAGGUGAAAUUCCACCUCACCCUGAACCCGAAAAGUCGGAUCGUCCAGUUUUCCCGUGGAAGUUUACCGGUUCAUCUCGUUUGCUUGACCUAAAGGAAAGUGGUUUUGAUGUGUUUGAUGAAGAAUCUGUUCCCUGUGAGGAUGAAAAUGAUGAUCUCAAUGAUUUAUUGUUGGAAAUAAGCGAUACACCUCAUCUUCCAACCUAUCGGAUAAAAUCAGGAUCAGCAGUAUCUAUUGUUAGAUCAGCUUGUCCACCAAAAUCAACCAAGAAAUCUUCAUCAUCAAUCAACACCACCAACAACAGUAAAAGUAAUUUUAAUGUUACAAAUGGAACCACCAACAACAACAAUAGUAAAAACAACAACUUGUAUACCCAAAAUUACUUGAAACUGUGUGAUAUUCUCAAACAAAUGGGCCUCUCAAAGGAUCAAUUUUUCAACAAAUACGUGAAUAUUGAAAUUUUGUGCCUGUCAACAGCCAAUUUGAUAUCAAAUGCUCUUACCUCAUGCAAGUCUCAUCACCCCUCUGUCGAGGAUACAACACAGUUAAGCGAGCUCGUUUCCCUGGAUGACUCUAUUCGUGAAAUACUUGGUAUUGAAACCCUCAGGGUACCAUGAAUUUCUUUUUAUUUUCUCAUUUUUAUCCUGUUCUAUGCUCUCACCCUCCGACAUCUUUUUGUUUCUGAUGCUUUCAUCCAUACUUCACAGAUGAGAGAAGGAGAGUAAAAAAGAAAAGAGCAAGGAAGAUAAGGAAGACAAGAAAGAAACAAGAAGAGAGACAGAAAAAAGAGACAAACAACAAAUAGAUGUAUAUAAUUAUGUAUAUAAAGUAAAUUUACAUUAGUAUAAAUAAUAUAAAGUACAUUCAGCCAGUUAGUAAAAAGAUACUUUAAUUUUUUCUGUAUAUAGCUAUAAAUUUAUACAUAUAUUUAUAUAUUUAUUUAUUGUAUUGUUAAAUAUAUUUUUACCUUUUUCUUUACAUUAGCUUCUCAUCUUGAAAAGAAACUCAUUUUAACUCUUUUUCCAUCGUUUUUUGUUCUUCUCGUCUUUCCUUUUUUUCUAUCUUUGCUCAACGUCAUGAUCAUCAUCAACUCUAGCUCUUCUGCUUCCCUAUCAUGACCACUAAUCAUUAGAGUAAUCAUCCAUGUCAACCUUCAUGCUUUACCAUAAAAAAAACUCCUUUUUUGUGAGCUGCUCGCGUCUCUCGAGCGACCCAUUUCAAGUUUUUCAAAAUCUGUGAUUAUGAAGAGAAAAAAGCAGAAAGAAAAUGACCUCUCUUUCAACUUUGCGCCACCCCAUCAUCUGUAUCCUCAUCAAUCCUCCUCUGUCCAAACUUAUUUUUUUUCAAGUCAUCACUGGUUUUGUGAAGAAAACACAAAGAGACCAUAUUCUGUAUUAUAACUUAUACAUAUAUAUAUAUUUCUGUGUGUGUAUUAUAUUAUAAAUAUAUUUACAAAAUGCCAAUCUUUUAACAGUAAAAGUGAAAUUGACAAAAAUA